CGCCUUGGCCGCAUUGAAUUGCGGAACUAAACUUACAUCAACUUAACAUUUCCUUUCUAUUCACCUCCAUUUUCUCCUCCUUCGUAUCUUCCCUCUUUGCCUCGGGAUCCAAAAUAUCCCGUAUCCAUAUCACAUAAAGAUUUCGAGGCCAGGCUCGUAACCUCUGCCGAUCAACCUUUCCUCCUAUUCCCAUUCUAUAGUGAUCUUGAGGAAGGCAUAAAACAUGGCUGAAGGGGAGGAGAUUCAGCCUCUUGUCUGCGAUAAUGGGACUGGAAUGGUCAAGGCUGGAUUUGCUGGAGAUGAUGCUCCAAGGGCUGUCUUCCCCAGCAUUGUUGGCCGUCCUCGUCAUACCGGAGUAAUGGUUGGCAUGGGCCAAAAAGAUGCAUAUGUUGGGGACGAGGCUCAAUCAAAGCGUGGGAUUUUAACUCUAAAAUACCCAAUUGAGCAUGGAAUUGUGAGCAACUGGGAUGACAUGGAGAAGAUUUGGCAUCACACUUUCUACAAUGAACUUCGCGUGGCCCCAGAAGAACACCCUAUACUUCUUACUGAGGCACCGCUGAACCCUAAGGCCAAUCGUGAAAAGAUGACCCAAAUCAUGUUUGAGACCUUCAAUGCUCCAGCUAUGUAUGUUGCCAUUCAGGCUGUGCUCUCUCUUUAUGCCAGUGGUCGCACAACCGGUAUUGUUCUUGAUUCUGGUGAUGGUGUCAGCCAUACUGUCCCAAUCUAUGAGGGCUAUGCUCUUCCUCAUGCCAUCCUUCGUCUAGAUUUAGCCGGUCGUGACUUGACUGAUGCUCUCAUAAAAAUCCUUACUGAACGUGGUUAUUCAUUCACCACUACGGCUGAGCGUGAAAUUGUAAGGGACAUGAAGGAAAAGCUGGCAUAUAUUGCUCUUGAUUAUGAGCAAGAGUUGGAAACUGCCAAGACGACCUCAUCUGUGGAGAAGAGUUAUGAACUACCUGAUGGGCAGGUGAUCACCAUUGGUGCUGAGCGGUUCCGUUGCCCAGAGGUGCUCUUCCAACCUUCAAUGAUUGGUAUGGAAGCAGCAGGGAUCCAUGAGACAACAUACAACUCAAUUAUGAAGUGUGACGUUGAUAUCAGGAAGGAUCUUUAUGGGAACAUAGUUCUGAGUGGUGGUUCUACCAUGUUCCCUGGUAUUGCUGAGAGGAUGAACAAGGAGAUCACGGCUUUGGCUCCAAGCAGCAUGAAGAUCAAGGUGGUGGCUCCACCAGAGAGGAAGUACAGUGUUUGGAUUGGAGGUUCUAUUUUAGCAUCUCUUAGUACAUUCCAACAGAUGUGGAUUGCAAAGGCAGAGUACGAUGACUCUGGACCAUCUAUUGUUCACCGAAAAUGCUUCUAAGGAUGGAAAUGGAACCCGAGAUUUACUCAGGAAAGAAAGAAUAAGAAAACAAAAAAAUCAUCUGAUGUUUCGGCUGUAAUCGAGGCUUUCAGUUUUAUUUUUUCCUGUCUGCUGCUGGACUUUUGAAUCUUCGCUGCUUGGGUAUGCAUGAGACGUGCAAACCUUUAUUUAUAUGCUGGAAGCAACUACUCUCUUGCUUCUAGCAUUGAGUUGAAUUGAUCUUUGUUUGUUUGUUUUAUUUAUUGAAUUGGCAGAAGAUGCUUUCUUGUUUAACACAAUGUUGACUUAAAAUCUUGAUAUUGUUAGUGUAUUUUUUAAUAUUUUA